AUGAAUUCCCCGCCUGAUGACAACAAUUCAGAACCUAGAGAGUUGGGCAGCCCGGAUGCUAGUUCCAAUGAAAUUGAGAAUUUUCUAUCCUUAUAUGGUGAGGUGGAAGCCAAACAUCGAUUGCUUUUGGUUCAGUGGUUAACUAGUCUUGUCCCCUCAUUGAACCUUCCAAUAAAUGUCACGGAUGGUGAAUUAAGAGCAUGCUUGAGCAAUGGUACAGUUUUGUGCCAGAUACUGAACAAGCUACGACAUGGUACCGUGAAUGUGGUUAGUGAACCUGAUAAUUUUCUGCCAUCACAAUCAGAAAAUGUUAAAUCGUUUCUGAAAGCUUUGGACGGAAUGGGAUUGCCCCGGUUUGAAAUAUCCGACCUAGAGAAGGGGUCUAUGAAAGCUGUUGUGGAUUGUCUUUUAACACUUAGAGAGAAAAGUUUGCAGAAUGCUUUGGGAGAUAAUAUAUCUGUAACUAAUUCCAACACGGUGAGCCCUCAUGGGAAUGCACCAUUCAAUUUUCAUUGUUCUCCAACAUUUGGUGGAGAGCAGAGGAAGAUUGCAGCUGGGUCGAUGUUGCAACGUGUUAAUAGUACCCCUAUUAUUAUGGCAGAACCAUCAGUUUCAUUAAUACACCAUGUUGGUCAUAAGUUUCAUGAGGAGUUUCAACUGAAACCUGGGAGUUACGCAGAUCUUCCUGCUGCAAAAAUAUCAGAAAUGAUGAAAUCAAACAGUAUAGAUAAUGCUCCCACUCAGUCUCUUCUGAGUGUUGUGAAUGGUAUUCUUGAAGAAAGUGUUGAAAGAAGAAAUGGGGAAAUACCUCAUCGUGUGGCAUGCUUGUUGAAAAAGGUUACCCAAGAGAUUGAGCGGCGCAUGUCAACUCAAGCAGAACAUUUGCGAACUCAAAACAAUCUUUUCAAGGCUCGGGAAGAAAAAUACCAAUCGAGAAUAAGAGUACUUGAGGCACUUGCAUCUGGAACUAGAGAUGAGAGUGAGAUAUGUUCUAGCCAGGUUCAGCAGUUUAAGGGUGAGAUGAUCAAAGAGGAAGAAAAGAAGGUAGAUGAGAAUGAAGUUGUUAGGUUGAUAAAAGAGCAGGAGGACAAAAAUUUGGAAAUUUCAGCUUUGAAGGUAGAACUGGAAACAGCCAAAAGAACAUGUGAAGUACAAUUCUCACAGUUGGAAGAAGAAGCCAACGGUUUUAAAGCAACAUUGACACGGAAGGUCCAAGAAUAUGAGCAUCAAUUGGAAGAAUUAAGAAAUGAGGCUGAAAAGAUCAAAGAGGAAGUAAAAACGACAGACGAAAAGGAAACUAUUAGGAUCAUGAAAGAACAGGAGGACAAAAAAUUAGAAAUUUCAUCAUUGAAGAAAAAACUGGAAACAAAAAAAAAAACAUAUGAAGUAGAAUGUUCACAGUUCGUAGAAGAAGCUAAAGAUGCUAAACAGAAGGCCCAAGAAUAUGAGAAUCAAUUGAAAGCAUUAAGAAAUAAGGUUGAAAAGAUCAAAGAGGAGGUAAAAACGGAAAAUGAAAACGAAAUUGUUAGGUUGAUGAAAGAACAAGAGGACAAAAAUUUGGAAAUUUCAGCAUUAAAGCAAGAACUAGAAAAAACCAAAAGAACAUAUGAAGUACAACGUUCACAGUUGGAAACAGAAGCUAAGGAUGCUAAAGUAGAAUUAACUCAAAAGUCUCGAGAAUAUGAGCACCGAUUGGAAGAAUUAAGAAAUAAGGCUGAGAAGAUCAGAGAGGAAGAAAAGGAGGCAGAUGAGAAAGAAAUCAUCAGGUUGAUGAAAGAGCAGGAGGACAAAAAUUUGGAAAUUUCAACAUUGGAACAAAAGUCUCGAGAAUAUGAGCAUCGAUUGGACGAAUUAAGAAAUAAGAUUAAGGAGCUUGAGGUUUCUUCUGAUUCAAAAGAUCAGAAGUGGAACAUGAAAAUGAACCAAAUACAGACUGUUAUAAACUUUCAAUUGAGUUCCCUACAGAAAUUGGAAUUAUCUUGGGAAUGCAUUAAGCAAAAUGUUAUGAAAGAGCAAACGGUUUAUGCAGAGGAUUGUGAUCGGUUAGGUGUUUAUCUUAAACCGCUGUUACAUGCAGCUGAGAACUACCAUACUCUUCUUGCUGAAAAUCAAAAAAUGUUUAAUGAGAUUCAAGAAUUAAAAGGAAAUAUCAGAGUAUAUUGUCGAAUUAGACCAUUUCUUUCAGGCAAAAAGGAAAAACAAUCUAUUGUUAAACUCAUUGGUGAAAAUGAUUUGGUUGUGGCAAAUCCAUCCAAAGAAGGAAAAGAUGCUCUUCGAUCAUUUAAAUUUAACAAGGUUUUCGGCUCUGCCACAACUCAAGCGGAGGUAUACUCUGACAUUCAAUCCUUUAUAAGAUCAGUUCUAGAUGGGUAUAAUGUGUGUAUAUUUGCUUAUGGCCAAACUGGUUCAGGGAAAACUUAUACAAUGACUGGUCCAAAUGGGGCAACAAGCGAGACUAUUGGUGUUAAUUAUCGAGCUCUAAAUGACCUCUUCAAGAUUGCCACAAGUAGAGAAAGCCUCAUGGACUACGAGAUUGGAGUUCAAAUGGUUGAGAUAUAUAAUGAGCAAGUCCGUGACUUGUUAAUAACAGAUGGUUCUCCAAAAAGAACACUUGGGAUAUUGACUCGACCUCAACCAAAGGGCUUAGCAGUACCAGAUGCUAGCUUGUUUCCUGUGAAAUCGCCUUCAGAUGUAAUUAAGCUAAUGGACAUUGGACUUAAAAAUAGAGCCAUUGGUGCAACUGCUAUGAAUGAAAGAAGUAGCCGUUCUCACAGUGUUGUCUCAAUUCAUAUUCGUGGGAAGGACUUGAAGACUGGUUCUACUAUGGUUGGUAAUCUUCAUUUGGUAGAUUUGGCAGGAAGUGAAAGGGUAGAUCGGUCUGAAGUAACUGGGGAUAGGCUUAAGGAAGCACAACAUAUAAACAGAUCACUAUCUGCCCUUGGAGAUGUUAUUUUUGCCCUUUCUCAAAAAAGCCCCCAUGUACCAUACAGAAACAGCAAACUUACUCAACUUCUACAAACUUCUCUUGGUGACCAAGCGAAGACACUCAUGUUUGUUCAAAUUAAUUCAGACGUAAGUUCAUAUUCUGAAACACUGAGCACUUUAAAGUUUGCUGAAAGGGUUUCUGGAGUUGAAUUAGGAGCUGCACGAAGUAGCAAAGAGAGCAAAGAUGUGAGAGAAUUAAUGGAACAGGUGUCUUCUUUGAAGAACGCUAUUUUUGCAAAAGAGGAGGAGAUUGAGAGGCUUCAAUUACUCAAAGGUUCAGUUGGUAGCAUUGUUAAGCGAAACCAAAUUUCACGAAGUAGAAGUAUUAAGCACUAUGAAGCUUUUAACCAGCAACCGAUGGAUGACCAUAUACACCAAAAUGAAUUUCUCCAUCAAUCUGAACUUCAUGAGGGAAAUAUAGGAAAGAAUAUUGCUGCAAUUGCAGAAACUUCAAGAUUUACAGAUUCUGAUUUUGAUGAAAAAUCAAGUGAUCUUUCUGACAGUGCUGUUGCUCCAGGCACAGAAACUGACGGUUCAGAAAAUUCUAGUCUCACCGAACGCACAACAUCAUCAGAUAAGAGAUCUAAACCAAUUCGCAAAACUAUUCAAGUGAUGAGGAAAUUAAACCGAACUUCAUCUAUCGCGACCACCCCAGUAAAGGACCCCUUGAAGAAGUCACCAGGUAUAAAAAAGAGCGUCAGUAUAGGCAACCUUAAACCUCCAAAACUGUGGAAGUAAAGUAAGAAGCAGAAGCUACAAUUUAUUUAUUUACUAUUCCACUAUGUGACACGCGCACACCGUGUAAAUAGAAUUGUUUCGUUGCUAUGUUCUAACACUUUGAGUUUUGGUCAUUUUUGUGGGUGUUUGCUUCCAGUCCAAUUUUGUAUUCUUAAGUAAAAAAAAAUGCUAGUUUAUGUAUAAACGCAAGAGCUAAAUUCCAUCAGUUUAAAAUAGAAAAGGAUUUAUAGCAAGCAUUCAACAAGUUGA